AUGUGCUUUUUUGCGGGGCGGUACCCUUUUCAACCCCAAAGAACCACAUCGCGUAGGAGGCGGCUGGUACGCGAUGCUGGCUUGGUGGGCUGUUAUCACGUCUCGACCUUUACCAAACUCAUGUCCUGCAUGUGGCUGUCGAAACGUGAGCUUAUCCGUCGCGUCGCCUGCUGCCAUUCGUGGAAUGUCCGCGAUCUGGAGUACUUCGUGCGAUCUCUACAACACCACGCGAUAUUACAGAAGCUGGGCAAACCUCAAAAACAGGUUCUCGGUAGCGAGCGCGCAUCGAACAACGGCGAGGUUGGCUGUCUAUCGGCAGCUUUGACUGGCCGCGUACAAUAUUACCUCCCCCAGGCUUCGACUGUCCUCGCGAUUUCAGGCUUCAAGCAGCUGCACCAGUAUCCACAUUCUAGUACUCUGCAAUCCUUGCGUAGAUCGAGCACGCCUCUCGCGAACAGUUGCCUCAAUCUCGGAGACGCCGUUGAUGCGAGAAGAUCUACGUCUAGCGAAUCCGAGAUCAACACCGGCGGCUUCGAAGCAGGAACACCGGGUCAUCAUCAGACGCGCGAAAGCGUGACCGAGCCCCCUGAAUAUUGGGCAGGUGGUCACAUAACUGAGUGA